GAGGCCAUUAGAAUUAGGGUUAUCGGUUUCAGAAACAUGAGGGAAUUUUUGGGGAGUGAUCUGACAUUUAUCAAGAGAAAUGGAGAAAAUUGCUUUGCUGCUCCCCUUAACCCCCAAAACGACAUAGCAUAUACCAUUUUCAUCUCCACCGAGACCUCUCCCUCAUCACCUCCCGUUGUUCCCAAGAAAGCUAGAGACCCGGCAGCUUCUUCUCCUCGCCAUUCUCUUUCUCGCCACAGACUCGUUCGUGGCACCAUAUCCACGAUACAGGGGAGACCCAAAGAGAACCCUCACCACCAACUCUCAUACUUCGAAAAUCAUAACGCCCAUCUUCGCCCAGUGUUUCGGUUCAUUCCGAGACAGCAGAAAUUUUCAAUCGAAGUUGCUAGUAGCAGAAAUCAGCGUAGCACAGGCAGCUUUCUAGCGCUGCACCGUUCCCAGCCAAAUCCUCACUCUCCUCGACCCAGUUGCUCCUUCUGCUCAGCCUUGAAAUUCUGAUUUAGUGUGGGUCGGGAUGGCAUCAUUUUCGUGCAUGUUGUGUUGUGUUGAAAUUGGAAAAUAUCCGAUUUACAGUGGAGAUUAUGCCGAAUUUUCGACAGAUUUGAUUGAUCCUCACAAGAAACUCAGAAUUCUGGGAAUUCAUGGAACUCAUACUGUCUAUGAUCUUAUUGUUGACAUUGUUUCUUCAAGUGAUGGAGAAGUCACAUUUGUAAGGCUACUCAACUCAUUUUCGCACAGCUGAAGCUGCUCAUUGGUUUCUUAAUCAUGUGAUGGAACCAUAAGGAAAUGCGUAGAGAAAUAUGAGGGACUUAAGUUAAGGUUAGUGGGCCACUCUACUGGAGCUGCUAUACUUCCAGAAAACCAUAACUGGGAUCAAAUUUCCCUUUGCCAAUGUUAGCCAAUUGCCAGAAAACCUUAACUGGGAUUAAUUGUUUCUCAAUUUCGAAACCUCUUCAACGAACUGGUCUUCUCUCCCAAAACCACUCCAUAGCUGACCAAUUAAAGCACUGCUCUAAGAUUGAGAACCUGGAAUGCAUGUAUGCUUCCAUGAUCAAAACCAAUACAAGCCAAGAUUGUUUCUUGAUAAACCAAUUUAUCACUGCUUGUUCCACUCUUGGCCAUGUAGAUUUUGCAGUUUUAGCCUAUAACCAGAUGGAAAAUCCUAAUGUUUUUGUAUAUAAUGCAAUGAUUAGAGGAUUUGUCCAGUGCUAUUACCCAAUUAAAGCCCUUGAGUUUUAUAUACACAUGCUGAGGGUUCAAUUGUUACCUACAAGCUACACAUUUUCAUCAUUAAUUAAAGCUUGCAGUUUAGCAUCUGAAAUAAGGUUUGGAGAAGCUGUUCAUGGUCACAUUUGGAGACUUGGGUUUGACUCACAUGUGUUUGUUCAAACUGCUUUGGUUGAUUUUUAUUCACGCGUGGGUAGAAUUACUGGAUCCAAAAGAGUGUUUGAUGAAAUGCCACACAGAGAUGCCUUUGCUUGGACUACCAUGGUUUCUGGUCUUGCUCGGUUUGGAGAUCUGAGUUCUGCGAGGAGACUGUUUGAUAUGAUGCCUGAAAAGAACAUAGCUACUUGGAAUACUUUGAUUGAUGGGUAUGCAAGAUUGAGAGAUGUGGAUUCAGCAGAAAAUCUGUUUAUUCAAAUGCCUGAGAGGGAUAUUAUUUCAUGGACAACAAUGAUUGAUUGUUACUCCCAGAAUAAAAGAUAUAGAGAAGCAUUGGUUGUUUUUCAUGAGAUGAUAAAAAAUGGGAUUAGCCCGGAUGAAGUAACCAUGGCAACUGUGAUUUCAGCAUGUGCACAUUUGGGAGCUCUUGACUUGGGGAAGGAAAUACAUCUUUAUGUAAUGCAGAAUGGAUUUGACCUUGAUGUCUAUAUAGGGUCUGCAUUGAUUGAUAUGUACGCCAAGUGUGGGAGCUUAAAUAGGUCCCUCUUGGUGUUCUUCAAGUUGCGAGAGAAGAACUUGUUUUGUUGGAAUGCAGUGAUUGAAGGACUUGCAGCUCAUGGAUAUGUGGAAAAAGCACUGACGAUGUUUCACAAGAUGGAGAAGGAGAAAAUAAAGCCAAAUGGUGUUACAUUUAUUAGUGUUUUAAGUGCCUGCACUCAUGCCGGCCUCAUUGAAGAAGGGCGUAAAAUAUUUGAGAGAAUGACAUUUGACUUCUCUAUCCCUCCUGAAAUCGAACACUAUGGAUGCAUGGUUGAUCUAUUGAGCAAAGGUGGCUUGCUUGAAGAAGCAUUGCUAUUGAUCAGAGCUAUGAAAUUCGAAGCAAAUGCUGUUAUUUGGGGUACUUUGUUGGGUGGAUGUAAGCUUCACAAGAACUUGGAUAUUGCACAGGUUGCUGUUAAUGAAUUGAUGGUUUUGGAGCCAAGCAACAGUGGGCACUAUUCUCUUUUGAUUAACAUGUAUGCUGAAGUUAAUAGGUGGAGCGAGGCUGCAAAGAUUAGGGACAGUAUGAGGAAAUUAGGUGUAGAAAAGCCAUGUCCUGGUUCCAGUUGGAUAGAGAUGGAAAGUGUACUGCAUCAAUUUGCUGCAUCUGAUAAAUCUCACCUAGCUUCUGAUGAGAUUUACUCAUUGCUGGAAGUAUUGGAUGGACAACUGAAGCUAGCUGACAAUGUACCUGAACCAUGGUCUAUCUCAUAGCAGGAGUUGCAUAAAAUAUAUUUUCUGAUUUAGAUCCAAGAUCUCAGGUACCACAUUGAGUUAGCAAAAGGUCCUUGCAAGGAACAGAGUGUCUUGUGAAAGCAGCAUCUUUAAAUUUAUAAAAGAUUUCAGUGUGAUGAGGCCUGGUUGUUACAUAGGAUUUAUCCUCGCAAGAAACCCAUAAUUCUGGGUAUUCAUGGAACUCAUACUUUCUACGAUCUUAUGGCUGACAUUGUUUGUUCAAGUGAUGUAGAAGUCACAUUUAUAAGGCUACUCAACGCACUCUCUCACAGCUGAAGCUGCUCGUUGGUUUCUUAAUCAUGAAAUUGGACCAUAAGGAAGUAUGUAGUGAAAUACGAGGAAUUUAAGUUAAGGUUAGUGGACCACUCUCCUGGAGCUGCUGUAACUUAUUUGCUAACGGUCAUGCUCUUGAGAGUUGAGAAGGUCACCUGAGGAACUUGGUUAUGUGUGCUGAUUUUGUACAACUGUUGUAAGGCAGGAUUAGUACCCAGAUCUUAGUACAGCUUCUCUAGCAAGGCUAUCAGAACGAAAUUCUUCAAGCUGAUUGGGUUUGCAAAUUUAGGAAUUUGAACAUUGAAGUGAUAGCAAAAUGGGAAUACAGGUUUCUAAAGUACAAGGGAUUUAAAAGAACAUAAUUUUUGUGGCUGUUCAGAAGCCCUCCAAAAGAAAUUUGGAGUUGGAAGUUCCUGGAAUUUCUGUUGGUAGUUGAGUGAGGAUUAAAAGACUUUUAGAAUUUCGAAGAUGAAGCUCAGUAGCGAAUUUGUAAUCCAAUAGUGAAGUUUGCCCUUUGCUAGAUACAAGUAAAGCUCAACUGAUCGUAAGGCUUCUGAGUUUUCUUUAUUACGUAAGCAAUCAGUAACUACUCUUAAAUCCACUUCAACCUCGAAGCCACAGUAGACUAUAAUUCUGUCCCCAAAAAGGAAGGAGCAGCUUGUACAGUGUCAAGUUAUUGUUUCCAGGUAGAGGCAAGUUCUUGUAGCAGAAGUGGCAAGAGCGGAAAUUUUUCUGGAAAAUACUUUAGAGGAUGCGGUUCACCAUGGAUCAAGGUACUUUCAAGACACAAAUAAUGGAGUUCCUCCAUGAAAAAAAAAAACAGAUAAAAUUUAUUUCAAUAUCUCUUGGAUUCAUGAGAGACUGAAUCCACCAAAGUAUUUCCCAUUUUUCCCACUCUGAAAGAGGCAUCUAGGUGAACAUUUCAAGAGGAUGGUGCUGCUCUCUAGCAACUAUAGCCAUGACUACUACGAGGUAUCACAAAGCUUUGCAGGAAGUGAUAAUAAAAGGCUUUUGUAGAUGAUUAAAAACCAAUUAUCACAUCAAAUUUUGUACAUGUCCACUUUGAAGCUAAAAGAUUAAAUGACUUUUUUGCUUAUUUUUCAAGGGCUUGAAAGGGCCUUAUAUCUCAUUUUAAAUGUAAAUUUUUUUAAAAAAAAUGAAAUAAAUUACUUCUUGAUAGA